AACAAAAACAAAAACAAUUCAUCAGAUGCCAAAAUGCAAAAGGAAGAAAAGAGAAAAAAAUAUUGAGUGAGGGAGCCAGUUAUGGAAAUGGCUCAAGAGUUUAAAAGAAAAAAGGGUGCAAAAUCCAAAGAAGAAAGGACUCAGAAAGAAAGUUAAAUUUUAAGAAUUAUAAGAACCUUCCAGGAAUCAAGGGUCAAGAUCAUGUGACUAGACCCAUAAGACAAGGGACGAACCCAAAGUUUUAGGUUCUUUUUUCUUUCUCUCUCUCUCUUUCUCUCUAUAUCUCAAAACUCCUUUUUGAAUAUGACUUGUGUUUUUUCACACAAAGAUCAUAUUUCUUUUUGUGCACUUUGAUGUGAUUUCUUUCUGGGUGUUCUAAAGCUGCUACAUUACCCCUUUUGUGACAACCACCAACAAAAUCUACAUACACCAUUAUAUAUUAUUAUUAUUAUUGUUAUUAUUUUGCAAUGAUAGUUUUCAGAGAGAGAGAAAAAACAAGAAGGUUUUCAUCUCCAAGCAGAGUUGCAAUCUUCUUCUUUUGGGUCAUCUUAGUUUUUUCUCUUGUAACUUUCUUUUUGUCUAUUCACAAUGAAAGCGCCGCCGCCGUCCAAAACAGGAGCCGGAAUAGAAGUAGAAGUAGAAGCAGACAUUCAAUAAAGCCUUCAUCACCACCGUCGUUGCCGCCACAACUACAAGGAUCUUUAAGAGAUCAUAGUUUCAGCAGGGUGUUGUUCCAUGCACCAUUAUCAUCGUUUACAACUACCGUCAUGAAAACCAAAAAUGGUUAUUCACAACAACAUAGUAGUGUUGUUUAUGAGGAUGACAAAAGAAUAAUUCACACAGGUCCAAAUCCUCUUCACAACUAAUUAAGUGUUAACACAAAUGGAGCCGUAGAUAGUCAAGUGAAAUCAAAUUCACGAAAUAAUUUUAUCUAUGCAUCAAUUCCAUAUUAAUGCAUGGUAGUUAAUUAUUCAAGUUCAUAUAUCAAUGUAAUUUAAUAUGUGUUAUUAUUUAUCUUUCUUUUUAUUUCAUCUUAAUACAUUUUAGGAUUUCAGAAGAAUGAGAGCAUAGCCUUAGCCUUUUUCAGUUGGAAGCAAAAGGGUACUAUUAUUGUAAAGAGUGAAGAGAGAGGAAAAAUGAAGAGGCUAGUGUUAAUGCUCU